AUGGACAGUCGUAGAAAAUUCAGCUGGAAAGCGACAAUAGAACUCAACGUUCUGUUUCUAAAAAUGUCUGGAUUUUGGCCCAGAAAUGACGAUACUUUCAAGCUAGAUUUAUACACAUCACGCACCAUAAUUCUCGUCACGGUUUUCCUCCUAGUAGGACUACUCUCACAACUGAUCAAUCUCUUCUUCAUCCUCGACGACUUAAUCGCCCUCACUGGAACAAUCUACAUUCUCCUAACAGAGAUUCUCUUCGCUUUGAAAAUUUACUACCUUGCUAGAAAUAUGUCAAUUGUGAAAAAACUGAUGAGGAUGUUAGACGAUGACUUGUUUCAACCACGAGACGUCGGUCAGGUUGCUUUGGUUCAACCAAAUUUAGACGUCUGGAAGAUGAUUUACAAAGCGUUUAUGACGAUGUGUUGCGGGGCUAACUUGUUUUGGGCGGUUUUUCCACUGUUGGAUAAAUCUAGCGAAGGUAAUAGAUUGCCAUUUUUAGCUUGGUAUCCAUACAACACGAAAAUUUUUCCGAUGUAUGAAAUAACGUAUGGUCAUCAAGUGUUAAGCUACACUUACACGUGCUUUACUCAUAUUAACGUCGACACGUUUAUAGCUGCCAUAAAUGUGUACACUGCUAGUCAGUUUGACAUUUUGUGUGAUAACUUGAAGAAUCUUCAUUUGAGUAACAAUGUGGGAGCGAAUUUUGCCAAAUGUGUUAGACACCACUGGAUGAUUUUAAAUUUCGCCUACAACUCGAACAAAUUUUUUAACUGGAUUAUUCUUUUACAAUUUUGCGUUAGCGCCACGAUUACAGCAAUGACACUGUUUCAACUAACUAUUGUUGAACCCCUCACGACUGAAUUUUUCUCUUUCGUGUCGUAUGGAAUGGCAGCGGUAACACAAAUAUUCAUGUACUGCUGGUUUGGCAACGAAGUGCAAAUUAAGAGUAACAACUUACCCUUCGCAGUUUACGAAUGUAAAUGGACGAAUUUCUCUGUUAAGACUCAAAAGAAUAUUUUUUUCUUUAUUCUGAGGUCCCAGAAACCUGUGAAAGUGUCAGCAUCAAAUGUGUUCUACUUAUCCUUGGAAUCCUUCAUGAUGAUUUUAAAAACGUCGUGGUCUUACUUCGCACUACUCCAGCAAGUAAGUUCUUGA